GGAACUUGCUUAUCUCCAUAUUUUAGCUUCGUACUUCUUUGCCAACUCCUUACGUUUUCCCGCCAUAAUAGCACCUAAUGUUCUCCGAUAGCUAUUAUUGUGGAUCCUAUUCGUUAAUUUGUACAGGGUUAUUUUCUUCUUGGAUAUGGAAGGAUUUGAUUCAUUGCCAGUUUAUUAUAAUAAUUGUAUAAGAGAAGGAAGAGGUAGUUUUGAAGUGACCAAUUCUAAGGUUACUUUUAAAGAUUUUCUAAGAACUUACAGUGUGAACAAUUUCAAUUACAAAUAUAGAGAUCAACUGAAAAAUAACUAUAACCUUGGUAAGUUUUACUUGGAAGUAAAUAUUGAAGAUCUUGCUGCUUUUGACUCUAAGCUUGCUCAGCAAUUAAAAAAACAGCCUACAGAAUUUCUUCCGCCUUUUGAAGAAGCUGCAAAAGAAUUAGCUGAUGAAAUUACUUCCCCACGUCCAGAAGGAGAAGAUGAAGUCGAAGAUAUUCAAAUAAUGUUAACUUCUGAAGCUUUGCCAGUUUCGCUACGUAGCUUGAAAUCAGAACUGGUAUCACAGAUUGUUACUGUUCCGGGAAUAGUUAUAUCUGCUACUGGGUUAAAAACUAAAGCUACUUCUAUAACUAUACAGUGUAAGUCUUGUGGUAACAAUAUUCCAAAACUUCCUCUCAAACCAGGCUUAGAAGGCUAUGCUCUUCCACGCCGUUGUACCACUGAAAGAACUGGACAAACUAAAUGCCCUUUGGAUCCUUACCAAAUAAAACCAGAAAACUGUGAAUUUGUGGAUUUUCAAGUUCUUAAGUUACAAGAACUGACUGAUUCUGUGCCUCAAGGAGAAACUCCAAGACACAUUCAACUUUACAAUGAUAGGUUUCUUUGUGAAAAGGUGGUGCCAGGAAACAGGGUACUAGUUGUUGGUGUUUACUGUAUCAAAAAACAUAAAUCCACAAAGAGAAAUGAUCCUAAAGGUAAAACAGUUGGAGUACGUGCUCCUUAUAUUCGAGUUUUAGGUAUUCGGAUUGAUACUGAAGGUGUUGGAUUUUCUACUUCUGCUAUGGUCACUGCGGAAGAUGAAGAUUAUUUUAGACGUCUUGCAAAGUCGCCAAAUAUUUAUGAAAACAUUUCCAAGUCUGUAGCUCCUAGUAUAUUUGGAUUUUUAGAUAUCAAAAAAGCUAUUGCUUGCCUCUUAUUUGGUGGAUCCCGUAAAAGGCUUCCAGAUGGUCUAACUCGAAGAGGUGAUAUCAAUAUUCUUCUGUUAGGUGAUCCAGGUACAGCUAAAUCUCAGUUGCUAAAAUUUGUUGAAAGAGUGAGUCCUAUUGGUGUUUAUACAUCUGGGAAAGGAUCAUCAGCUGCGGGUCUGACUGCAUCAGUAAUCAGGGACCCUCAUUCACGUGCCUUUGUAAUGGAAGGAGGUGCUAUGGUUCUGGCUGAUGGAGGUGUUGUUUGCAUUGAUGAAUUUGACAAAAUGAGAGAAGAUGAUAGAGUUGCUAUACAUGAGGCAAUGGAACAGCAGACUAUAUCAAUUGCAAAGGCUGGAAUAACCACAACCUUAAAUUCUCGCUGUUCAGUGCUUGCAGCUGCUAAUUCUGUUUAUGGUCGAUGGGAUGAUUCAAAAGGAGAUGAUAAUAUAGAUUUCAUGCCUACCAUCCUUUCUCGGUUUGAUAUGAUAUUUAUUGUUAAAGAUGAACACAAUCAAAAGAGAGACAUGACUAUAGCGAAGCAUAUAAUGAAUGUUCACAUGACUGCUGAACAAAAUAAUGUAGAGUUGACUGAUGGAGAACUACCUUUAUCUGUCUUCAAGAAAUAUAUACAUUAUUGCAGAACCCGUUGUGGUCCCCGUUUGUCUCAAUCAGCUGGUGAAAAAUUAAAAAUGAGAUAUGUUCUUAUGAGAGGUGGCAUUCAAUCAUCGGACAAGACACCUGAAACAACUCUUUCAAUUCCUAUUACAGUAAGACAACUUGAAGCUAUUAUUCGUACCGCUGAAGCUCUUGCUAAAAUGGAGCUUCAACCAUUUGCUCUUGAAAAGCAUGUUGAUGAAGCUUUGAGACUUUUUCAAGUAUCAACUUUAGAGGCUGCUAAUACUGGAGUUUUGGCAGGUAGUGAUGAAUUUGCUACUGAAGAUGAUUAUGAAAUGUUCCGGAGAAUUGAAAAACAGUUGAAAAGUAGAUUUUCUGUUGGUUCUAGAAUUUCAGAACAUCUUGUAAUAUCAGAUUUUGUUAAACAGAGAUAUCCAGAACAUUGUAUACGAAAAGUGAUUCAUACACUUGUAAAAAAAGGUGAAUUUACCUAUAAGAUGCAGAGGAAAUUGUUGUUUAGAAUCAGGUGAUCAACAAAUAUUUCUAUGUAUAAGAAGCAUCACUAACUGUACAAUUAAAUGAUAAUAAGACAAAACACAUCACUGAUAUCAGAUUUGUUUAAUAUUUUUGUUUUUUGUUUUUUUAAAUUCCAAAAUAUAUAUAUAUAUACCUAUGAAAUUUCUUUAUGAAUUCCUCAAAGUCAAUCAUCUAAUUGCCAAAGUUUAGUACAGAG